UUGUUCUUUGAUUAGAAGAAUAUGAAUACCUUUUCAAAUGUUCCUCCGGGCUUUAGGUUCCAUCCCACAGAUGAAGAACUCGUAGAUUACUACCUCAGAAAAAAAAUUGCUUCAAAAAGGAUAGAUCUGGAUGUCAUCAAAGAUGUUGAUCUUUAUAAAAUUGAACCAUGGGAUCUGCAAGAAUUGUGCAGAAUAGGGACCGAGGAACAAAAUGAAUGGUACUUCUUUAGCCACAAAGAUAAGAAGUAUCCGACAGGUACUCGCACUAAUAGAGCAACAAAAGCAGGGUUCUGGAAAGCCACGGGAAGAGACAAAGCUAUUUACUGCAGGCAUUGCCUUACUGGUAUGAGAAAAACCCUAGUCUUCUACAAAGGACGAGCACCCAAUGGACAAAAAUCUGAUUGGAUCAUGCAUGAGUAUCGACUCGAAACUAAUGAAAAUGGAACUCCUCACCAGGAAGAAGGAUGGGUGGUUUGCAGGGUGUUCAAGAAGCGAAUGACUGCAGUGCAAAAAGUGAGUGAAUAUGAAUCUUCAUACUGGUACGACGAGCAAAUCUCGUUCAUACAGGAACUUGAAUCCCCAAGGCGAAUUCCUCAGCCAUAUGCAGCGUCAUACCAUCACCAUUAUCCCUGCAAGCAAGAACUUGAAAUGCAACAAAAUUUGCCUCAUCAUAACACUUUCCUUCAACUCCCUCAGUUGGAAAGCCCCAGAGUUCCACAAUCUACCGCAAGCGUAAGCUGCAACUCGGUUGUUCCUUACGGGAGCACUUUGCAGUCGUCGACUCUUACACAGGAAGAGCACAUGCAUCAGCAAAAUCUGAACUUGCUUUAUAACAACAAUGAGCAAGCGGUGGACCAAGUGACGGAUUGGCGAGUUCUCGACAAAUUCGUUGCCUCUCAGCUCAGCCAUGAGGAAGCUUCCAAGGAAAACAAUUAUUCCAAUGCAGCUACCAGUUUUCAAAUGGCCGAACAAAUGAAUUUGCUACCCAAUGAAUCCAAAAGGCCAGGGAUUGCUCAUCAGGAAUAUACCUCUACGUCCACUUCGAGUUGUCAAAUCGACCUGUGGAAGUGAAAGUAUAUUCUACUCAUUAUAGCAUAUAUACUAAUUAUAGAAGGAAAUUUAUAAGAAAAAAAUGUCUUUAAUCAAGGUUUCUGUACAUGAUAAAACUACAAUAUAUGGUAUUGUAUUAGCUAUGGA